AAAAAAUUCUAUUAUUUAAAAUCCGCCCCUCUCAAAUUUCCACAUUUCACUAUUUCACCCCUCUAUUAGAGAGAGAUUCAAGUCCGCGAUGUCAAAUUCUCGUAAUCGGAAAAGCUUAGAGAGAGUCAGAUCGCUCUGAGAUCUUGUCGAUCGGCUCAUUGAUUACGUUUCAAUCUUGAGUUAUUAACUGCUGCUAACUUUAUUGGAAACGUAUUUUUUUAAUUUCUGGUUGAAAAUGGCAAGGAGUAGGUCGUCGUUGAGCACGUGGAGGUAUGUAAAUCCAGCUUAUUAUCUGAAGAGACCCAAGCGUUUAGCUCUGCUCUUCAUAGUUUUUGUUUUCGCCACCUUGCUUUUUUGGGAUCGCCAGACUAUAUUCCGCGACCACGAGGAAGAGGUGGAAAAAUUGAAAAAUGAAGUCAGUCAUUUGCAGAGUCUGCUUGAAGAAAUAAAGAGUGGUCAAAGUGGUGCAGGGAAGGAAAAUGUCAGUCACAAAGGCAAUGCAAAUAAAAAGUUAGAUGUUUCGGAUGACCCAAUUGACAUUCAACGGAGAGAGAAAGUUAAAGAUGCUAUGAUCCACGCAUGGAGUUCAUAUGAAAAAUAUGCUUGGGGCCAUGAUGAGCUCCAGCCUCAAACAAAAAAGGGUGUUGAUAGCUUCGGUGGUCUUGGAGCAACUUUAAUUGAUGCUCUUGACACGCUGUACAUAAUGGGAUUGGAUGAGCAGUUUCAAAGGGCUAGAGAGUGGGUUGCAGAGUCGUUGGAUUUUAACAAGAACUAUGAUGCCAGCGUUUUUGAGACAACCAUAAGAGUUGUUGGUGGACUUAUUAGCACAUAUGAUCUGUCCGGAGAUAAAAUUUUCCUUGAAAAGGCUAAAGAUAUUGCUGACAGGCUGUUGCCUGCGUGGGAUACUCCUUCUGGCAUACCAUAUAAUAUUAUUAACUUGGCUCAUGGGAAUCCACAUAAUCCUGGGUGGACAGGGGGUGACAGCAUUCUGGCAGAUUCUGGCACGGAGCAGAUGGAAUUUAUUGCUCUUUCCCAAAGAACAGGGGAUUCCAAGUAUCAGCUGAAGGUGGAAAAUGUCAUUUUAGAGCUUAAUAAAACCUUUCCUCCGGAUGGUUUGCUUCCCAUUUAUAUUAAUCCACUCAGAGGAACAAGAUCGUAUUCAACCGUAACUUUUGGAGCCAUGGGGGACAGCUUUUAUGAAUACCUACUCAAGGUCUGGAUACAAGGAAACAAAACCGCUGCCGUGAAGCACUAUAGGGAAAUGUGGGAGACAUCAAUGGGAGGUCUUGAAAGUUUGGUGCGGAGAAGUACACCAUCUUCCUUUGCUUAUCUCUGCGAGAGGAUCGGAAGUUCUUUAACAGACAAGAUGGAUGAACUUGCAUGUUUUGCUCCAGGAAUGUUGGCUUUGGGGUCUAGUGGUUAUGGACCCGCCGAAGCUAAGAAAUUCUUAUCCCUGGCUGAGGAGCUAGCUUGGACCUGCUAUAACUUCUACCAGUCCACUCCAACAAAAUUGGCUGGAGAAGUGAGUGUCUUUGCUUUACUGUUUUUUUUUUUGCACGAUAUGAGCGUUGGAACGUCAUGGAACAUAUUGAGGCCAGAGACAGUCGAGUCACUCUUUUACCUCUGGCGUUUGACUGGAAACAAGACUUAUCAAGAAUGGGGAUGGAACAUCUUCCAAGCAUUCGAGAAGAACUCCCGCAUAGAUUCAGGAUAUGUCGGAUUAAAGGAUGUUAAUACUGGUGUGAAAGAUAACAUGAUGCAAAGCUUUUUCCUGGCGGAGACGCUGAAAUAUCUGUACCUGCUAUUCUCACCUUCUUCGGUUAUUUCACUCGACGAAUGGGUUUUUAACACGGAAGCACACCCUAUAAAAAUCAUGACAAGGCAUGACCUGGCAGGUAAGUCGGUUGGAAAACAUAUUAUUGAAACUCGAUCACGAGCCAGAAAAGAAGGCCGUCUUCCUGACAACUAGCAAGCUUAGAUGUAUUUUUAUCUCGAUUUUUACCAAGUCAGAGGCUGUAGCGAACUAGAAGAAUGAAGAGCUUGAAGAAAUCGAUGGAGCUAUGAGAACGAGAUAACUCCAUCGCAGGCUCGUCGUAUAAGUCAUUAUAUUAUAUGUAUUUCUGGGGAAUUUUGUGUGCCUGUAAUAUGCAUGAAUGAGUUCCCCAUUGCUUCAAUAUGUUUUCAUUUGUAACAUAGGUAACUAUAGAUAUUCUUGAUUUCAUUUACCGUUUUGUAAGUUAGUGCACAAGUUUCUUUUAUCAAGAUUUUCGCAUUUCGAGUUUAUAUAUUCGAAAUUUUGUUUACUUUU